AUGAAAAGUUGUGUUCAAACUGUUACCAUUGAGGAGUGUGGAUGUAGUCUGAUGAAUUGCCCCAACCCCAAUAAGACCAGGCUGUGUGCCAUAAACACUAAUUCAACUGAUUACGAAUGCACUCAGAGGAUGCACCGGCAACUUGCCAGCAGAUCUUAUGACGCGUGUUCGUGUCCGCAGCGCUGCAGUGAAAAUCUAUACCAUCUUACUGUCUCAUCGGCGACAUGGCCCUCUCAGAGUUACCGCGAAUCGGCAUUUCUGAGAAAAGAAGUGCUCUCCGCCUAUAACUCAACCCUAAGUCCGGCUGAAAAUUUGCUCAAGCUGGAAAUAUAUAUCAGUGACAUUAAUGUGAUGAAAAUCGAAGAACACCCGUCAUAUUUGGCUGCUAACCUCUUUGCAGACGUUGGGGGUUUGGCUGGCUUCUACAUAGGUGCGUCAGUGUUUACUGCCGGAGAGUUCUUUGAGUUUGCGAUGGACUUGGUGAUUGCCUUCAUCUAUCACCGAGGCAGCUGCCGUGUCCCAAGGUCAGGCCAAAGAAAGAAGGGUUCCGAAGAACACGAUUUAGAACAACGCACAACGGUCGAACAAUAUGUAUAGUAUACUAUAUAGGCCUUUUGUAAAUCUUAUUUAUUUAUUUUAUUUAUUUUUACUAGCCAAUAACAAGAAAAGUACACCAGUUUCAAUUAUGCCAAUGUUUUGAUAGAAUCUUAUCCAUAUUUUUUUUUAUUACAUCCUAGGAACUUUGGUAGUUAUGUGUAAAUCUUCCCUUACGAAAAUGACUCUCUUUUGAAAUCUGUAGGAACCCUACAGGACCAGGCCUCAUAAACGGAUUAGGCGUUUCCUAGCAUGAGCCUCAGAUUCCCGAGGGCAA